GAGGGACUGUUACUGAAGUGGACAGAAAGAAGACGAACACCUUAAAGACAACAAGACUGACAAGCAGGCAAGAAAGACAACAGAAGCAAUCAAGAUGAUGACGAUGAUGAAGAACCCCAUCAUUCUGGUGACCUGUGUCUUGCUUUUGUCAUCUCUCGCUGUCCUGGCAUCUCAAAGCAGCUUUGGUCCAGAUGACUGCUGCUUUCAGUUCUUCUCCACAAGGUUGCCUAAGAACAGGGUGAUGACCUACCAAUAUACAGACGAGAGGUGCACAAAUAAAGCUGUGCUUUUUACAAUGAGGAAUCGUGCCAAAAUUUGUGUCAACCCAUCUGAGCAGUGGGUCAAGAGCAUCAUCGAAACCAAACAGUGGAUCCACAUCAAAACUGGGAACAGCUCUGCGUCCGAACCAUCCGAGUGAUCCAGCGUAUGUUUCAUCACUACAUCCUAAAGCUCACUGAGCCAAGCAGCAGUGGUGGUGUAGUGGUAACCUACUGUACCUCUGAGAAAGAAUAUUUUUCAAUUAGCUCAAAAUAUAAAUGCAAAACAAUGCCUCAAAUUACUUCUUUUUUAUUAUCUGUCUUUUUGUUUUGUUUGAUAUUAUCUUCCUCUUUUGUUUUAAUGUGGUUUCAAGCUCGUUUCAAGUGAUGCCCUGAAAGAUUAGAUAAGCUAUUUUACAGUAAAUCAUGUGCUUAAAAUGUUUUCUGAUAUAUUAUUAAAAAAAUCAUACAUGAUA